AUGGUUGGCAAAUUCGGUGACGGGCCUUUUCGUGGCCUUCACUUUCGGACUCCUUCGCAAAACGGCGUCACUGGCGGCGAAGGAGGGUUUGUCUACCGCCGAGGCGAAGUGGUGACCUUUUCUAUUGGUAACCUGACUAUUGGGUCCGCGGCUGGCGAGCCGUUCUUGACAGUAGCCUCCCUUCACGACCACGAUGGCGGUAGUGGACCGACAGUGGACAUCACUCGUUCCGACACGAUUAAUCGGGCGCGUUUCAUUCAAAGCUUGGGACAGGAAGUGGAUCUUCGCGGUGGUGUUUCAAUCGACGAUGACAUCCGUGAAGUGGUUAAUUCACAUGCAGAUGGCAUUACUUUCGCAUCCAGCGAGAAGUCUUUUGCACAGGCAGCCUCAGUCUCCGCAGUGUUCCGCCAGCUCGGUCGUCGCUUCCGUGGCGCGGCGGAGGCCCGUAAUCAUAUGCGGCGGGCACAGGCGGGAAUUCAGGCUCUUCGUGACGUCCCAAUUCCCACGCGCGGCAGCAGCCAUCUCAUGGCAGACGUGUUCCGUCCUCUCGCCAAAGGCACGUAUCCGGUGCUGCUGAGGCUGAGUAUCUAUGGCCGAGCGUUUCGGAUCGGGUCGAUAUUCAGUGACUUGGACCGUGAGGAGAGUGAGGAGCGGGAAGCGGCGUGCGCCAAUGCGAGCACUUGGGUCCCGCGCGGCUAUGUUGUAGUGCGGGUAGAUGGCCGAGGCAUAGGACAGUCGCCAGGCAAACUCGAUCCUUUCUCGAAACAAGAGGCUCUCGACUACUACGAUGCCAUCCAGUGGGCGGCCGCACAACCGUGGAGCAACGGCAACGUCGGUCUAUAUGGUGGCUCUUAUAAUGCAACCAAUCAGUGGAACGUGGCGGCCCUGCAACCUCCAGCUCUUAGGGCUAUUGCUCCUUUGUGCUCUGACGCGGAUGGCUACCGCGAUCUGGCAUACCCCGGUGGUAUCUUCCUCGAGAACUACCGACGAUGGUGGUUCCAGGAAACCGUCGGACCGUGUCGAAACCCCUCAAGUGGAGAAGCCGUCGAUUUUGUCGGUGGUCUUCACAACCAUCCUUGGGACAACGAAUAUUACCAUGGGGAAGGAGUUUUAUCUGCUGAUUUCUCUAAGAUCAACAUCCCAGUGAUGACUUCUGUAAGUCAGACUGCAUGGAUCCAUGGUCGUGCCGGUUUCGAGGCCUUUACACAACUUCGCUCGCCUUGGAAACAUCUCCUUGUCUGGGACGCCUCUUACACUCCUUUUAUGUAUGAGGAUAGCCACCCAGACAUAGAAGCCUUCUUCGACCAGCACCUUAAGGGGCAGCAGCCAGCUCGAGAGCUAGCUCCAGUGCGCGUCGUCCAUCGUACUGGAGAUGGGAAGUUCCAGUGGCGAGAUACAACCACUUGGCCGGUUCCCGGUACCAAAUACCGCGAACUCUAUCUUGAUGCCGGCGACAAUGAGAGCCCUGGCAGAAUUGCAUUUCAACGACCGGGAAACAAACGGGUUGCAGAAUAUUCCGCCAGUGUAGAAGAUCCAUUGAAGGUGAAGGACGUCCCCAUGGCUGUGUUUGAGUCACUACCUCUGCAAGAAGAUCUCGAACUGGUGGGUCACUUCCGAGCCAAUCUCUGGGUGUCGUCUACAUCGGCCGAUAGCGAUGUCUACGUUGCUCUCCGCGUGAUGGAAGGGAAACGAGAAGUCCUGUAUCGGACGCGUGAACCUGGGUCUGCCGCUCCUCUGACCUGGGGGUGCCUUAAGGUCUCCCAUCGCGCGCUCGACCCGAAACGUAGCACCACCGAACGUCCGUGGCAUACACACCGGCGCGAGGAUGCUCUACCCUUGUCCCCGGAUGACGUGGUACAGAUCGAAAUGGAGCUAAUGCCAGCUACCGGAAGAAUCCCAGCGGGGUGUCGAUUGCGAAUCGAGAUCUCGCCAGUCGAGGGCCUGGGGGACCCUCUGGAUUUGAGCGUGCUUAUGACGAGUCUUAUCAUCGAGGCGCCGUUAACCGUAUCUUUACUGGUGGAGAAAAAGCCAGCUCCAUCAUCAUUCCUUUGGUGCCUGGACAACAAAGCUAGUUUUGCGCUAUAG